ACAAAGACAACGCGGUUAUGUUUUCUUCGAAACACUUCAGAAUAACAAUAAUAUGCUAUUCAUUGACAACUUUUAAAACGAGGUCCUAAAACAUAUAGUUUUGUGUAAUGUGGUUGGUUCCGAUCACAUGUAAUCUACUGAAAUCUCGCGAGAGUUUCAGUGUUACAACUAUUAGGGGACGGCUUGUUACACACAGCAAGAGCAUAUGUGGAAGGGCAGCGUUGAAGUGCCACAUUAAGAGGAUGCCCUGUGAAGUGAAUUCUCGGUUUGUGGUUCUGUACGGGUCCCAGAAAGGCCAAGCCCAGUCCAUAGCAGAGGGGAUAGCGGAGGAGGCCGAGGAACACGGGCUGGUUGUUCAGCUCAGUUGCUUGAACCAGAACGAGAAGUACAAUUUGGAGAAGGAGAAUGCCCCAGUGGUUUUUAUUCUGUCGACUACUGGAGACGGGGAACCGCCUGACAAUGCCCUCCAAUUUGUAAGACGCAUCAAAAAGAAGAGCCUUUCCGCUGACCACUAUAAACACCUUUCAUAUGCACUUUUAGCUCUAGGAGACACAAACUAUGCAAAUUUCUGCAACUGCGGGAAAACGGUUGAGCAUCGUCUACAGGAACUUGGAGCCAAACAAUUCUAUGCGACAGGAUAUGCAGAUGAUGGUGUAGGGCUGGAGUUAGUUGUGGACCCCUGGCUUCAAGGAUUGUGGAACGCUAUCAAACAAGCCUUAUUGAAAAUGGCUUCUGCCCACUUGAAAGGAACAGUGGGCGAUUCAACAGAGGAAUCUCCUGAUUCAUCUGCUCCAGAUGUCCAAUUAAACCUCUUAAGCCUUACUGACCAGCAGAACCGCAGGUCCGCUGAAGCGUCAGUAAACACAGACUCUAAACAUGCAUCUGCUGCUUCAUCCUCGCCUUCUGCUACACAGACUGCAGUUUCUGAUCUCAGGCCAAACCCAAAGUUGGCAUCUGAGUUUUCCGACACUGCCAGUGUGUCUAAAUCGUUACCAAAGACAGAGAAGACUGAUGCCGGAGUUCCCCCUGUUGCACUGGCAGCCUCUCUGACAGUCUCCCUGCCUCCACUGUCAGAGUCUUCUCUUAAUGUUCCUGCUUUGCCUCCGCCCUACUUGGAUGUCUCUCUUCAGGACGUGGACACCAUAGAACAGGUUGAUGGACCGCCGAACAAAGGGGCUUUGCAUGAGGUCCCCAUAUCUAGGGCUGUUCAGCUAAGCAGAGGAGAUUCAGUCAAGAAAGCCUUUCUCCUAGAACUGAACAUCUCUGAACACCCAACAUUGGUCUAUCAGCCUGGGGAUUCAUUGGACGUGUUCUGCCCAAUGGACGCCUCUGAAGUGGAUUCCAUUCUACAGAGAUUGGGUCUCCAGGACCAGAGGAACUAUCAAGUCCAUGUUUCCCUAAAAAAGGACACCAAGAAAAAAGGUGCCCAGGUACCGUCAUUCGUCCCUGAGGCGGCUUCUCUGCAGUACUUGCUCACAUGGUGUCUCGACAUAAGAAGCGUUCCUAAGAAGGCUUUCCUGAGAGCGCUGGUGGAUCAUACAGGGGACAGUGGGCAGAGGAGGAGGCUGCAGGAGCUGUGCAGCAAACAAGGCGCUGCAGAUUACAACCUGUACGUAAGGGACCCGAGCCUCAGCGUUCUGGAGCUUCUCACGGCCUUCCCGUCCUGCUCACCGCCACUCAGCCUCCUCAUAGAACAUUUGCCGAAGCUGCAGCCCAGGCCCUAUUCAGCAGCCAGCUCGCGUCUCCGGCACCCGGGGAGGCUGCACGUGGUCUUCAGCGUGGUGGAGUUGCCGGCGUGCUCUGGACGGCCUGUGGGGCGGCGAGGCCUGUGCACCGGUUGGCUGUCGGACCUCAUCAAGCCCGGCCUGGUUCUACCCGCAAAGGCCGACUCCUCUCUGAGCCCGGCUUCGCCAAAGAUCCAUGUGAGUUUGAGACCCAACUGCUGCUUUCGGCCGCCGUCUAACCCAUCGGUGCCCUUCAUCAUGGUGGGACCAGGCACAGGAGUCGCCCCCUUUGUUGGGUUCCUUCAGCAAAGGGAGACGGAGAGGCAGGAGGCCCCCGGAGCUGCAUUUGGUGAAACCUGGCUGUUCUUUGGCUGUCGCCAUAGAGACGGAGACUACCUGUUCAGAGAGGAGCUGCAGGGCUUCGUGUCCAGCGGCACCCUGGACCACCUGAAGGUGUGUUUUUCCAGGGACGAGCGGGGGGAGGAAGAGGCGCGACCCCGGUACGUCCAGCACAACCUGCUGCUCAACAGCCGGCCACUCGCUGACAUCCUGCUCAAACGCAGCGGCUGCCUCUAUGUGUGCGGAGACGCCAAAAACAUGGCGAAGGACGUGAAUGACACCCUGAUGGAGAUGAUGAAAACCGAGAUGCGCGUGGACCAACUGGAGGCCAUGAAGAUGCUGGCGAGGCUGAGGGAGGAGAAGCGUUACUUACAGGACAUCUGGGGCUGACAAUGGAUGGGGAGAUAAGGGCAUUUUGCAGCAUCUGCUGAGCCUUUUUACACCUGGAAAAAAAAAAUCAGCACGCUCAGCUGUAACCUCUAGAACCAUAAAAUUGUGGAUGCUGAAGCCCUGGGGUAGUUUACACCGCCCAACGCUACCGAGAUGGAAUGUACCAUGCUGACCCGGGGAUAUCGGUUCACUACAUCAUCUUGAGCUUUGCUGUUUGAACAGAAAUGACCUUGGUCAGGGCAAUGGUGCUCGGAGAUUGGUCCCGCAGUGUGAAAAUGCUUUUAGUGUAGACAAGCCUCCUCCCUUCAUCCUGUCUGGGGGAAAAGGUAUUUACUUCUGUCGGCUGUGAUGGAGUGAUUUUGAUGAGACCGAGAGCGGGAUAUCGCUGUGAUCUAGAUGGAAACAACACAGCAAUCAGGAGUUCUUAAACAACAAACAUAGCAAAUUGUUUGUCAUUCAGGGGGAAAUAAAUCAUUCUUUUUAUGAGUUAUUUUACUUUGUGGAGUUUGUUAGAACUCACUGCCAGGAAACACCGCGCUACAGUUGACACUGGAAAUACUGUUAUUUUAAUAAAAUGGUGAAAACCAGUUGUUAGUAAGUAGUUUGGUCUAAUUUAAAUACUGUAUAUAAAACUGCUAUUUUGGUCAUCACAAUGUUUUUAAUGCAUUAAAUCCUAAAUAUUUCUACCAUAUAUACUGUAAUUCCGAAAUAUACUGCGUUUAAGUACACAGGGCAUAAAUCUCAAUAAUAAGGCACAAAGUAAUUUAUCCAACUUUCUUUGUGUCUGUUCACCUCCUCUGCAUUAAACAAACUCCACUGUGCCUUGUGAUGAGAAAUUAAAGCAGCUAUUCAUAAUAAA